GACGCUGGGGGAGGGAGCGAGACUCUCAAACAAGCUGCCCUGCUCGCAUGUUUAUUUACUAGCGGAACGCUUGAUUAAUCUGACACGUUUAAUAUCGACGGCAGGUGCUUAACGUGGUACUUCAAAUGCCCGACGCGAACAGCAACUCGGCCGGGGCUGUUACUCGCUGAGCCUAAUUUCUCAUCGAGUGACUUAUCUCGGGUUUGUUCGCGUGAGCGUGUGCGGUGAAACGGGCGAGCUAAAGUUGUUUGCGGGGUUAUUUUGGAUGCCAGAUCGUUUGUUUUCGGAAUAUGGCUCAGCGUGGACACCAUCAUGUUGCGAGUUCCCAAAAAGCUUUAAUGUUAGAGCUGAAAAGUUUUCAGGACGAACCGGUUGAAGGCUUCAAAAUAACUUUAGUCGACGAGUCGGACUUGUACAACUGGGAAGUCGCGAUUUUCGGACCCCCGAAUACGCACUACGAGGGGGGGUAUUUUAAGGCACGUAUCAAAUUCCCCAUCGACUACCCGUACUCUCCCCCUGCCUUCAGAUUCCUCACCAAGAUGUGGCAUCCCAACAUCUAUGAGAAUGGCGACGUGUGUAUUUCCAUACUGCACCCACCAGUGGACGAUCCCCAGAGUGGGGAACUGCCGUCAGAGAGGUGGAAUCCAACACAGAAUGUGAGGACUAUCCUAUUGAGUGUUAUCUCGCUGCUGAAUGAGCCCAACACAUUCUCGCCUGCCAACGUGGACGCCUCCGUCAUGUACCGCAAAUGGAGGGACAGUAAGGGGAAAGACCGCGAAUACGCGGAGAUCAUCAGGAAGCAGGUUCUAGCCACCAAAGCCGACGCCGAGCGGGACGGGGUGAAGGUGCCCACCACGCUGGCCGAAUACUGCGUCCGUACCCGCGCCCCACCUGCCGACGAGGGCUCCACCUUAUUCUACGACGACUACUAUGAUGAUGAGGAGUUAGACGACGAUGAAGAGGAAGAUGAGGACUGUUGCUAUGAUGAAGAUGACUCUGGGACGGAGGACUCUUGAUGAGCAGCACCUGAGCACUCUGAACUGUCCGCUUCCAGUUUUCCGUUUGGUUUCGUAGCUUUUAAAUCAAGUCGAAAAGGAAUUUUUGUUUUUUUUUCAGUUUUUGAAGAUCUGAGAUCCCAGACAUCACGAAGGGCGAGAGAUUAUUUGCGUAGAGGUUUUGGAUCCCGAUGAAUUAAUUGUACGUCUGUUCAAGUAGCAACCAAAAGUUGCAGUCAACUCCAAACCGAGACGUUUUGGGGGUUUGUUUUUGUUUUAUUUCUUGUUGUUUUGGGGGGCAGGUUGGGUUCAGCCCAUCGGUGCGAAACAGUCCAGCUCAUGUUUAUUUGAUUCUCGAUAACUUGCCUUUCAAAGGCACCUGAUCUCAGGUUUCAAUGUCUAUGAUUCAACAGUAUUGGCGUCUUUGGUGGGGACAAAAGUAGCUAAUACACAUUCUCAGGGCUACUUCUGUUUCUUACACCACAAUGCAUCAUAUUCUGCUUCUGUAGCCAAGGACUAAACAUGCUUCUCAGAUAAAAGGCAAGGGGGGCAAGAGGUUUAAUAAAUGGAUGCAUCACAUACAGUUCACACCAUUCUAAGCUUCGUCCUCUUUUUGGACUUUAACGAUUCAUUUUAUCCAUCAACAAGCCUGUCUUAUUUGUUUUGUUUUCGAUUUUAUGGGGUGGCGUGGUAGUGCAUUUGAAUCUUCACUAUAUUUAGCUACUCUUUGACAUUUGCUGGUAUUUUAGUUUUGUUAUAUAUCCUUUUUCAUUUUAAACCUUUGUGGUGACUCUAACCUAAAAUCGUCCUCAGG